UGUCUGGUUUGAAUGAGACGAGCCCUUGCUGCUUAUUCGCCGUAUUUACUUACUUAUUUAUUUAUUUUGUUUUGCUGCCGGUUUGUAAGAUCACUAGUGUCCCUUCGGUUGCCUGGCAACGCGCGUGGCAGUGGGCGCUCCUGACCUUGCGUCCGCGACCGCGCACAGAGCGCGCGCUUAAAAUAGACCCGGGGAGAUUGACGUUAAUUGAAAAUAAGAAAAACGCAAGAAGAGCAGAGCGUCGUUCACACGGCUCGACGGGAAAAAGGGAGGCACGUUGGAUGGUGAGAAUGUUGAGAUAUGAGAUUAUCACAGUGCAAGCUCGGAUGCGAUACCGGCUGAGAGAUUCGGCAGGGUUGUGCUCAAAUGGCCUUAAUUCUGGAAAAAUGAACACCAUUACCUGCUGAAAUACUCAACCAAUAGAAUGGAGUGCUUGGUGUUGGACACCUGGUUAUGGAGACGCCCACUGGAUCUACCUGCACGUAUGCCGUGUGUUUGAGCGCUAGAGUUUAAUUUCAUAGAAGCUGUAAGCGUAAAUCAGAGAUUUAUUAGUAUCAACGUGUGUGUGUCUUGUUAAGAGGGACCAUGUGGCACACACAGUCAUCAGCUUACCUGCCGCCUACCCACCUGCUCUGCCGACCUCUGACUUUUGCCCUGUGUUGGCUUCUUGUGUGGUUAAUGCGGUCAGUCUCCAUGGCAACAGCGCUGACCUACCAGCCCACAGUAAACACAGCACUUGGCAGACUUAGGGGCAUGCGGGUUGCUGUGGCGACAGAGGGUCUGGGCCCUGUGGAUCAGUACCUGGGUGUGCCUUAUGCUGCGCCACCUGUGGGAGAGAAACGCUUCAUGCCGCCCGAUGCGCCGUCAGCCUGGUCCGGCGUUCGAAACGCCACUCGCUUCCCUCCCGUCUGCCCGCAGACCAUUCGCAACGCAGUCCCCGACAUCAUGAUGCCGGUGUGGGCCACCUACAACCUUGACACGGUUGCUACAUACCUGCAAGAGCAGAGUGAAGACUGUCUGUAUCUGAAUAUAUACGUACCCACACAACGUGGCACAAAGAGACCAGGCGACAUGUCAGCUGACACAGAGCGCACAGAGGAUGAUGGGCUUCGGGACUCUCGCGAUGACCCCCGUCCUGUGAUGUUGUUUAUUCAUGGUGGCUCGUACAUGGAGGGCACUGGGAAUAUUAUGGACGGCAGUGUGCUGGCCAGUUACGGCAAUGUCAUUGUUAUCACACUCAACUACAGGGUUGGAAUACUGGGAUUUUUGAGCACAGGUGAUCAGGCUGCUAAAGGGAAUUACGGUCUGCUGGAUCAGAUUCAGGCUCUGCGUUGGAUCAAUAAGAACAUUGGAUAUUUUGGUGGCGAUCCUGGCCGCGUGACGGUGUUUGGCUCAGGAAUCGGAGCGUCCUGUGUCAGUUUGCUCACUCUUUCCCAUCAUUCUGAAGGUUUGUUCCACAGAGCAAUCAUUCAGAGUGGGUCAGCUCUGUCCAGCUGGUCUGUGAACUAUCAGCCUGUGAAAUACACACGUCUCCUUGCAGAGCGUGUCGGCUGUAACGUUCUUGACACACACGACCUGGUCCUUUGCAUGCAGAAGCGUAGCUACAAGGAAUUGGUUGAGCAGGAAAUUCAGCCAGCACGCUUCCAUGUGGCCUUUGGCCCUGUCAUCGAUGGUGACCUCAUACCUGAUGACCCUGAAGUGCUCAUGGAGCAGGGGGAGUUCCUUAAUUAUGACAUCAUGCUGGGCGUCAACCAGGGGGAGGGGUUCCGUUUUGUAGAGGGCGUGGUAGAGCCAGAGGAGGGUGGAGUUUCUGGCUCAGAUUUUGACUUUGCAGUAUCCGAUUUUGUGGAUGGUCUCUAUGGAUAUCCGGAAGGGAAGGACACGCUCAGAGAGACCAUUAAGUUCAUGUACACGGACUGGGCUGAUCGAGAUAAUCCUGAGACUCGUCGCAAAACUCUAGUGGCCAUGUUUACGGAUCAUCAGUGGGUAGAACCAGCUGUGGUCACAGCCGACCUGCACGCUCGUUAUGGCUCGCCAACCUUCUUCUACGCGUUCUACCAUCACUGCCAGAGCCCCAUGAAACCCCCAUGGGCAGAUUCUGCACAUGGUGAUGAGCUGCCCUACGUGUUUGGCAUUCCACUUAUUGGCCCGACAGAACUCUUUCCCUGCAACUUCUCCCGCAAUGAUAUCAUGCUGAGCGCCGUCGUCAUGACCUACUGGACCAACUUUGCAAAGACCGGUGAUCCAAACAAGCCAGUUCCUCAGGACACCAAGUUCAUCCACACUAAAGCAAACCGUUUCGAGGAAGUGACCUGGGCCAAGUACAGCCCCCAUGACCAGCUGUACCUUCACAUUGGGCUAAAGCCGCGUGUUCGGGAUCAUUACCGUGCUACUAAAGUUGCUUUCUGGAAGCACCUGGUACCUCACCUCUACAACCUGCAUGACAUGUUCCACUACACGUCCACCACCACCAGGGUUCCACCUCUUCUGACCACCCACGGCUCUCAUAGUGCAACGCCCCGCCCAGGGGCCAACAAGGUUCGUACCCCUGGUAAACAGCCCCCUCAGUCCACAGCACGCAGCGGGCCACUGGUCAUCGCCAAUCCGCGCGAUUACUCCACUGAGCUGAGCGUCACUAUCGCCGUCGGAGCUUCUCUCCUCUUUCUUAAUGUCCUGGCUUUCGCUGCGCUCUACUAUCGCAAGGACAAGCGGAGUCGUCAGGACACGCCCCCUCAGACAGCACCUCAGCGCCAGACCCCGCCCAAUGACCUCAGUUACUUGCCCACCUCCAUUUCAGGGGGUAACCAAGAAGAGGGAUCACUGUGCGACCCCCUACGUCUGACCCCAGCGUCGUCUCCGCGGGAUUAUGCGCUCACCCUUCGUCGGUCGCCGGAUGACAUCCCGCUCAUGACACCGAGCUCUGUCGCCAUGACGCCAAAUAGCGGCACUAUGACGCCCAACACUGCAACCUUGACACCCAACAGUGUUACCAUGACACCCAACACCAUUACGAUGUCCCCCAAUUCUUUGAUGGGGUAUCCCAGCAUGCACCCUUAUAACACCUUUACGCAUGGGUACAACUCCACCACUCUGCCCCACCCUCACUCAACAACACGCGUAUAACAUGCAACACAAACUAAUGCUCACUCACAACAAUGUUACAAAUCCCUACAACACAGCAACAUUACCGUAACCAGAUCAAACAGGUGCAAACUGUUAUACUUGUGUUUAAAAGUACAAUUGCAGGUGAAACUGAUACAUAACAUGAGCACAAUCACCUCACGUUUACUGCACUAACGUGAAUCAGUGCAACCCAUAAAUACAAACCAGGAUGAACUUAAACAGUAUAAUGGGUGUCAGUGCAACACACUAACAAACAUAUGAACACUGCUUCUAGUCUGACUUUUGUCUAGAGAUACAGCAUUCGCGUUAUACGAGUAGAAAUUUCUCCGUGGAACAAACAAAAACAAUGGUCAGACGCGAGGCGGCGCUGCAAUACCGCACCUGACUCUAGGUGGCACUACAGGACUCGAAAAUCCUGCAGGUGGUUGGCUCUGCAUAGGAGCACAGAGCAAGAACAGUAGAGGGCGCUGGUGUCACGUCAGCGCUUCAGAACACCAUCAUGAACCAACCAAGCACUUAUUAUAAGAUAUAUAACAUAAAAUAACAAACAUAUUAACUACUAUUGUACAGCUAUAACAUAUGUAUUAACGUCAAUGUACAGACAGCUUUUUUGAAUGUGUUGUAAGAAUGAUUUCUAAUCGUUUUUAAGAUCAGAUUAUUUCCAUAGCAAAUAAGAUCAGAUUGAUUUUGAAUCCUGAAUCGUUUUUUUCUUUAUAUCACACAAAAAAAAUGUAUUUUAAAAUGUUCUUUUUUCUCUAUGAACGGGUGAGUGGUACAUUUCGCUUUUGGUAUAACCAUAUGGUUGUAUAUUACACAAGAGAUCAAAUCAAUGUCUGUAUGGUUUAUGAUUAUUCCUGAGCGAGAGAGAGAGAGAGAGGAUCAAGCUUUAUAGUGUACAAUUUUCAAGUUAAACAUUUUUAGAUAAUUUGUGUCUUGCUAAAUGUUAUCAUUUUGUGAAAACGCUUUUUGAUCAUUUUAACUCUGUAUUGUAUCUGAGUUCGAUAGGUUUCGUGAAAUGUUAAAAAUUGAAAGCAUUGAGAUUCUUUUCAGUAUUUAUCAGUGAUAUGACAUCACUCAUACAGUAAUGUGACGUCACUCAUGCUGUGAUAUGACAUCACUCAUGCUGUGAUGUGACGUACAGGCUUUGCUGAGAAUUUAUGAUGUUACUCUUUCCUAUGAAACACGAAUGUGGUGAUAUGUUACGGACACAGGGCUUCUCUGAUGAAGGUCAUUCUGAAAUGUUGUGUUUACUUCGGAACUGCACAGGAGAUACAACAGUGUAGUAAUGGUGUCAUAUCCUGCCAGAUGGUUAGAUUAUUCGUGAUACUCCGUCCCUGGCAUUUAUUUUGUGCCAAAUUUGCGACACGGUUUCCUUGGCAACCAGCAGAAAGUUUGUCUGUUAAUGAGUUUGUGUGGAAGUUCAACAGCUUUAUAAAAGAAUUUGCAGUAUUUACAACAGUUGGAGUUCAUUUGGAAUUUGAAAGGGAAAGACAAAUGGAUGCACGGCGUCUCACGAAACUAGCGUGUCUCUCCUAGCUGAGGUUGACCUGUGUGCAUCUGCGCAGGUCUGGUGGUUUAACAGCUUGCAGAAGUCUGUUCUUUUAUACUCUGUACAUUUCUGCCUCAAGUUUGCAGUAAAUAUUGAGUUUGCCUAAAAUUCCUUUUCCUUCUUCAAAUUCACUGACUCUGAGCUGAAGUUUCAGAAUGUUUGUCUAGACACAAUCACAACAGGGCACAUCGAUCACAGGUUUGUUUGUGUGUAUGUUUGUGCGUUCAAGAACAGGUUUGGCUACGAGGGACAAAUAAAAAACCUAUUUAAAUGUCCUUUAAAUAUCCAAUAUGUGCCAAAAUAUAAUGAAACAUGUCCAAAACCAAUUUGUGUGGAUAUUUGAAGUUGACCUCACUAUUUGAA